UUAACAUCCCGGCCCGAUAUCGAUCGCAAUACACAGCGCUGAAUACUGUGCGCUCUAUUGUUUUGUCUGAAUCUGACUUCGAAUCUGACUGAAAUACUCACUUAUCGGUAUUUGAAGCAUCAUGUACUGCACUUGUAAGAGGACGAUCAGCCCUGCUGCAAAAUUCUAUUUAUGAAUUGUUGAAAAUAUGUCUUGACAACCUGACCCUGUAGCAGCUUGCUGAUAUCCGGUUUGCAGUCCUGUCAAGCUACCACGAUGGUUCGGCUUGGGUCGUCCAAGAAGACCAUCGCUGCUCUGCUCUGCAUCUCCACUGUGUGUGUGAUCCUCAUCCUCAACUCCCAGCUGAACGCCUCGCCCCGCCGGCGUGCUCGCUACGAGACCCGCCACACCCUUAGCGUUCCCCUCACCCUCAACCUCUCCAAGAAUGUCACCAUCCUGCGGCUCCCGGACGCCAACAACCGCAUCCACCGGUAUAAGCUGGAGCGCAUCGAUGAAGCAGAGGAAGACGAGGAUUAUUGGGGAGAUGAGGAGGAAGAGGAGAAAGAGAAGAAGAUGAUGAAUGCGAGAGAAAGUGGGGAGGAGAAGGAACCAUUCAUGAUGGCAGCAGAUGAGGAAGAAGAGGAUUUUGGAGAUAGAUUGAAUGCAGGGCAAAUGUCCAACCAGACAGUGGAAAGACAACCUCAGCCCCAUAUAGAACCCCCAACUAAAUCUAUUGGUAUGCAAUUAAGGCAACAAGUAAUUCAAGCUCGAAAUAUUACUAAAGAAAAGAAUUACCUGUUACAAGUAUCAGAUCCAAGAUAUUCUCGCAUGAUAGGGAAGGUUUUGUCUAAACUGCCUAACGAUGUCCGCAAAGACAUGACCUUGAAUAUAAGAAUGGUCGAAGCAAGAUCCAGGAUGGACUUCCUGAAGCUGCCAGCUAAUAAACAGUGGGAGGUUAUUCUCCAAGUUUUUGCUUCGAACGGUUACGAGCAGAGGUUUCCCGAUGUCAUUAACAUCGGUGUGAAGAAAAGUGGAACAAAUGCUCUUGGUUUCUUCUUUCCGCAGCACCCGCAAAUUGUUCAUUCCAUCGGCAACGAGGUCCACUACUUUGAUUGGAUGUAUGAAAAGGGCUUGGCCUAUUACAAAUCACGAAUGGGCUUUGCCAAGUCUACCCAACUAAUUUUCGAGAAAACGCCACGCUAUUUUGUGACUGCUUCAGCCCCGAAACGGAUCCUAGCAGAUCUGCCCACCAAACCAAAGUUUAUAUUGUGUGUAAGGGACCCAAUAUCCAGACUCAUUUCCGAUUUUAGGCAUGAAUCAGAACUGAAGCUUAGGAGAGAGUUCAAGAGCAACAGGUUAAAGUACGCCUCAAGGACUGGCCAGUUUGAAGGAGAGCGGUUGCGACAAGAGAUCAUUGGCAGAUUUGGCCAUGUCAAUGGAUCCAACGAGCUUGUGGAUACCAGUGUUUAUGUGAAACACUACAAAAACUGGCUCCAGUAUUUCCCUCCUGAGAGUAUCAUGGUCGUUGACCAGGACAAGAUGGAGAAGGACGUCUAUGCCCAGAUGAAACGGCUGGAAGAAUUCCUUGGCCUUAGGCCCUUCUUCAAGCCCUCUAUGUUUUACUUCGACACCGCCAAAAAUGGGAUCUGUAUGAGGGAAGGGCACCUCCCAAAUAGGAACUGUCCGGCCAAGAGCACCCCGAGUGUCCUACCUAAAGCUAUCAUUGAUCCACAGACGAUGGCCAAAUUAAAAGAAUUCUACCGUCCAUUUAAUCAAGAGUUCUCGCAGUUAACAGGGAUGUCCUUUUCUUGGGCGAUCUAGUCUGGAUUUCCAUGGAGACCUUCACUGUUUGAGUACAAAGCCUGAAAUAACUGGACCUGUGGUCUUCAGAAAAUGCUUGUUGUACCCAAACAGCCAAACUAGCUUGUACUGAACGGGUUAAGAUGUGAAUGGUUACAAAUUCUUUGGCACACUGGCUUGUGAUUUGUAUAUAUAGGAAUGCCAGAACAGGAUUUUCUCACCACCAUAGAAAUUAUUCUUAGAUGACUUGUAGUGUGAAAUGUCCUAAUCUUUAGUUCUAUAGGAUGUGCGAUUCAGUACUAUUAUAUUGUACCUAGCUGUAGAUUUAGCGUGAUGCCCUUCAUCAAUACACAUUUAAAUGCUAUAAAUAUAAACUUUUUUUGCAACCUAUUUACACGUUUUUGACCAUUGUAAUGUCAUUCUGAUAUGCCUUGUAGUAAUGCACUGUCUUGAAUCACAAACUUAAUUCAACCCAAUCUGACCAAUUGACCCAAAAAAGAAAAUAUAUCUUUAUUUUUUUUCCUAAAAUCUCUAUGCUGGAGGUAUGAGAAAGCUGCUACAUGUACAAUGUAUAUAAUUUGUACGAGUUCUACAUUUUGCACAGGACUCCACACUAACCUAUUUUUUUAGCAUAGGGUCUGGAUUCAAAAUGUGAAAGACUGUAUGCAUCUAUAAGCAAUAUAUGUAAAUAUCUUGAAAAUGUAGGGGUCUGGACUUAGACCCCGUUUACAGUGAGAAAAGGGCCAGGGCCGGGCCAGGCCUACUCGGCCCUGCAAAUUGGUGCAUUUACAGUGGCAGGCUCGGCCGCGGCCGAAAUUGUAACCUUUCAAUAUUUUGUCAGAGUGGCGUUCUGCAUG